AUGGCCAACAAAUCCAGCCCCGACCCUCUGUCAGAAAAUGGUGGCGUAUUCCGACACGCUAGGCUCAGUUCCAACCCCCGUUCAAAAGGAUGCAGCCCAUAUCACUGUCCUGACGACGGUUCCCAGGCCGAAGACUCUCCCUCAAGUGCGGAGUCCCAACCGUCAUUGCUCAGCCAGCCGAGAAUCUCGCAGCCGAAAGUCAAGCACGUCAUCCAAGAUGAUGGGAACGAACAGUAUCAUGUUUCUCAGACACGCGGCCACCGGAGCAACCCUUCAUAUCAUCCUGAAGAAGACACAGAACUUGUUGGGGAGAUUGAUACGUUCGUCUUCGCACCACAGCCCAAGUACAAGCCGAAUCAGUUUUCUGGCCACCAGCAGCGUCGAUCCAUCAAUUUCAGUGCCCUCAGUGGGCGGCAAGAUGCAGUGCCUCAAGAGGACUGGGCAGAUUCUGGCAACGUACGACCUACCCAGCCCCAGGAUCAGCCAGCUUUGAUAGACGAUAGUAGUCACCACUACAACGACGUCAACACCCAUGCAAACAAUAUGCCAGCUGUUAUCUCUCGAAGUGAUCAAGGACGAAGGGGGACUCCUUUUGAACGCUUGAGGGCUGCAGAAGUCAACCCGGAGCAAUCGAGUAGCCACGGUCAGCUACCGGGCCGAAGCCUCUCAGAUCAGAUGACUACCAGCUCUGAGAGAGAUUCAGCUGGAAUUUCGGUCUCGAGACGCCCCUCUGUCCAGGCCGAGCAGGAAGUAAAUGGUUCUGCUAUCGAAGACCGCAGCAUUCGACCGUUUGCUGAUGCCGAUGCCAUUCUUCCCUGCGAUCAACGGGAGACUCUACAGCCUACACUUGAACAAACGGCUACUAAUAGGGGUAUUCCUUCACAGAGGCACAGCUCUCGGGAAGAAAAUGAAGGCGAACAACAGCAAUGUGUGGGUUCAGAUCGAGACUUGGAACCACGCCUCUCCGAAAUUAGCAAACCCGUCGAUGAUAAUCGUGUGAUGCCUCGUCAGAUAGCCCGAGUUCAAAGACAGCAUCACGAGACAGUUGAGACUCGGUCGUCUACUCCAGUUGGCGACUUGGAAAUGCCACAGAAACAAACUCCUGGUUCUGCUCGCAAGUCGAAUCGACAGCACUCUUCGCCUAGAGAGCAGUCAAUUCGACGUAUCAGGCGCGACCAAGAUGCCAGAGAUGUUCCGCAACGUACGAAAUCGCGUCUCUCAAAUACUUCUCGGCGUCGCAAGCACUCCCACCGCCAAUCACAACACGGCAAACCGAGUCAGGAAAAGGCCAACUCAGGCUUGGAGAACCAGCAGGUUACGGCAGAGAGCCACUAUGAAGCACUCGAAAGUAUGUCGGCUCACUACAACAAAGUUCUCAGCUACUCAAAAGAAGUUGAGCACAAGAUGAAUAGUCGUCUCCUGGGCCAGAAGCAGCAGAUCGAAGAACUGGAGACUCGUUUACAGCAGUAUCAAGCACGUUAUCAGAAAGACUGUGACCGCCGGGUGCAGUCGAACUCAGAGCUUUCUCUUUUACAACAUCAGAGGGACGAGCUCUCCCAGAAUCUAGCUCAACAAGGCGGACGACUGCAUGAACUAGAACGGAAAGUGGCCGAUCUGCAAGCUGAGAGAGAAACGCAAGACAAAGAAGCGACUAGAUUGCACCAAGAGCUGGAGGUCACACAUUCCAAGCUCGACAAGUUUCAAGAGAAAAGCCGCUCGUACAAGGAUCACCUCAAUAAGGCUGUUGCAGAACACCAACAACUCUGGCAAAAUUCGAGAGAUAUCACCGAAAACACCAUCAAUAGCAUGAGAAAGGAGCAUCAAGAGGCGGAAGAGAAGUUCAAGUUGGCCAUGGCAGAGAAACAGGCUGCCCAGGAUAAGUUUAAUCUCAUUUCCAAACACAAGCAGGUAUUUCUCCAGCAGGAAGUGGCAGCGGCGGCAUCAAAGAUCAGAGACUUGACGUCAGCCCUGGACAAUCUUGAGAAAGAUUUCGAUUUUGAGGCACAGAGAGCCAAGAUAUUGGAGGGAAAGCUCCUCGACGCGGAUGCCUUGAAGGGUCUGCUGCGCCAAAUCGAUGAGAAUGUGGCUGGAGUCUGCUCGGAGGUGGACAAUAUGCAAGCGCGCUCUCUCGAAGCGCCCGCUGUGCCACCCGAGGUCAUGAGAAGACUUUUAGAGGAGUUGAAAUCCACUAUGACUGGUCAGUCCAUCGAAGAAAAACUGCAAAGUCUACAGGAGACGCUCCAGAAACAGUCGUUAUCGAUAGAGGCGGAGCGCGAACAUCGUCAGGAACAGUUGAUGCUACAACUUUCGGAGAGAAAGGACGAGAACAGCAAACUUGCACAGGAUCUUCUGGCCAAGGAUGCUGAAAUCGCAGAUAUGUCCAACUGUGUUUCUGAACUUGGUCAAAAACUACGAGAGGCGAGAGACUCUGCAGAGAUGGCAUCAAAGAGGGCAUCAAUCAUGGAAGAAAGGCUCCGAGAGUUACAGCAAAGCCUCUCAAGCAAGGAUUGUCAGGUCGCAGAGACGCAGACUGAGCUUCAGCUCCAGCGACAAGGGCACGAGACCAAGAUCCGAGAGCUUCAGGAGAAGUUACGGAUUGCCGAGGAAGGUGGCCAUCUGCAACGACAGCUAGCCGAAGAGACGGAGAAGAAUCUCGCAAAAAGGUCCGAGGAAGAUAACGAAGCCCAAACACUGCUGAAGAGCUCGGAAGAAUCUCUGCACCAGGCUCAGCAACAGUUGGCAAUGGCCGGGACGGAGGUUGAACGUCUCAAGGCCUUGGACAGUGUUACCAGAGCAUCGAAACUCGAAAAGGAGUUGGAGAAUGCUCAUCAAAGAGUCACCAAUCUUACACUCAAGCUUCGCGAUACGCAGGUCUCGGCUGCUAACAACGGCCAGCUUGAUCAGGUAGCCGAACAGCUUGCCCAGCUCCAAAUACUGAAGGAAGAAGUCAAGCAGCUCAGGUCGAAUGGCAAGGCAUACGCGGCGGUCAGUAAGGACUUCGCAAAAACACUCGAGAGACAAGAUGCCACAGAAAACGACGAUAUUCUCAUCUCUGAUAGUCUUGUGCUGCCGGAACCAAUGCUUCCUGUGUUGCUGCAGCAAGAUGUUUAUGAUCCUCUAAACGACUUUCAGCCGAGCUCCUCUGACAUGCCGCUGAUCCGAGCCAGCAAGCGAACGGUUUUUCGCAGUCCUGUCGAAGAGUCGGAAGAUGAGAUGCCUGCGCCAUCAGUCGAGCAGGAGAAGUCGCAGCGAAUGGAGGUCGCCGUUCAGGGAUCCAAAAUAAGAUCGAUCCUCCGCCCCCAGAGAACUCCGGCUGCAAAAGCAUCGAAAGGAAGUAACGAUACCAUGGUCGCGCGCCAUGCUGGACACUCUUCGUACAACCGACCCGUGCAAAGUGCCCCCAAGUCCAGCCAGGAGGCCAUCUUGGGUGUCAAGAACAGCCUUGUGGGCAACCGCAAGGCAAACCUUGGCGAUUUGACCAACCCUAACGAAUGGGAAAGACUUGACGGACCAGCGAGCUUGUCGGAGCAGCGCGGAACCAAAAGAUCUAGCAACGCCCAGCAAUGGUCUCGAGGCUCGAAACGGUCCAAACCCUGCUUCACCGAGAACGAAGACAAUCAGGAGACUUCACAGGCCGCGGGAAGCAAUAAUGAGGACUGUCUCCGGGCUGAACCGCCGGAGCGCAACCAAAGAGACGGCAAUAGGGUGGCUCCGGUAACCGUGGAUGAUGAUCAAGUUUCCCACCAUUUCUUCCCAAGCGCUUCCAAGCCGAAUGAUGGCACACGUUAA